AUGGAGAGCUCUGCCAAGAUGGAGAGCGGCGGCGCCGGCCAGCAGCCGCAGCCGCAGCCGCAGCCGCAGCCGCAGCAGCCCUUCCUGCCGCCCGCAGCCUGCUUCUUUGCCACGGCCGCGGCGGCGGCGGCGGCGGCAGCGGCGGCGGCGGCGCAGAGCGCACAGCAGCAGCAGCAGCAGCAACAGCAGCAGCAGCAGCAGCAGCAGCAGCAGCAGCAGCAGGCGCCGCAGCUGAGCCCGGCGGCCGACGGCCAGCCCUCAGGGGGCGGUCACAAGUCAGCGUCCAAGCAAGUCAAGCGACAGCGCUCGUCCUCGCCCGAACUGAUGCGCUGCAAACGCCGGCUCAACUUCAGCGGCUUCGGCUACAGCCUGCCGCAGCAGCAGCCGGCCGCCGUGGCGCGCCGCAACGAGCGCGAGCGCAACCGCGUCAAACUGGUCAACCUGGGCUUUGCCACGCUCCGGGAGCACGUCCCCAACGGCGCGGCCAACAAGAAGAUGAGCAAGGUGGAGACGCUGCGCUCCGCGGUCGAGUACAUCCGCGCGCUACAGCAGCUGCUGGACGAACACGACGCGGUGAGCGCCGCCUUCCAGGCUGGCGUCCUGUCGCCCACCAUCUCCCCCAACUACUCCAACGACAUGAACUCCAUGGCCGGCUCGCCGGUCUCCUCCUACUCGUCCGACGAGGGCUCUUACGACCCACUCAGCCCCGAGGAGCAAGAGCUGCUCGACUUCACCAACUGGUUCUGAGGGGCUCGGCCUUGUCCCGGCCCCGGUGCGAGUGGACUUUGGAAGCAGUUAUAGGGUCACCGCACAACCUACAUCUUUAGUGCUUUCUUGUCAGCGAUGUUGGAAGGG